AUGCAGAAAACAGAGCCCUACAGAGGAUUCUGCAUGAUGGAGGAUAACCUCAAGAACCUGCAUAUUCAAAUUGGGCUCUUAGUGACCAUGGUCCUUGUCUUCCUCCUCCUCAUCAUCAUCAUCAUUUAUUUUUCUUACUUUUCCAAAAAGAGUAAGUCUCAGAAACAAGCAGGCAGCAUUUCAGAACAAGAGUCUAAAGUUAAAGCAACAAUAAACAGACAGGAUCCUGAAAGACAAGAAGAGCAGGAGGUGACAUACAUAGAAUUUGAGCAGAGGAUCUUCAACAAAACCUUGAUGCCUCCUAUUUUCCAGAGUCCCAAGGAGUUUUCUAUAGAUACUGUUGUGUACACGGAAGUUAUGAAAUGAUAAACUGAGAUCAAAGAAUAUCUUCGCCCUAUGAGUUCUCAAAGAAAGAUCC